GUCUGCGCUCAGCAGCAGUGGUUCCAAAGCAGGAGACAUAUCUGGCCUUUUUUGUUUUUUUAAUUGUUGUUAUUGUUUAAAUGGGGCUACACAUGCUGCAGGGUGUCACGGUGGAAAUGGCGAGGCGAGGAAGUGGCAAUGGAUUGGGAAUCCUGCUCGUGUUCUUACUGGAUUUACUGGGAACGGCGGCCAGCAACAUGGAGCCGAUCUACUGGAAUUCCAUGAACGAAAGGUUCAGGGACGACAAGGGCUACAUUCUGUACCCUCAGAUCGGGGACCGGCUGGACCUCAUCUGCCCUCCCCUGGACACAGCCAGGUCCACGCCAGAGUACGAGUUCUACAAGCUCUACCUGGUGUCGUCGCGGGAGCAGGCAGACCGCUGCGAGGUGAUGGGCGCCCCCAACAUCGUGCUCACGUGCGACGAGCCCACCCGCGAGCGCCGCUUCACCAUCAAGUUCCAGGAGUUCUCGCCCAACCUGUGGGGCCACGAAUUCAAGAGCAUGCACGACUACUACAUCAUCGCAACGUCAGAUGGGACGCACCAGGGCCUGGAUAGCAUGAGAGGAGGAGUGUGUGUCACACAAGGCAUGAAGGUGGUCCUGAAAGUGGGACAGAGUCCAUAUGGGCUGCCCCCGAAGAAAGAGCCAGCAGGACGCACCACCAGCAGAAACCCAGGCGCCACCGGAAACUCCACUCAGUCUCAAAGACCCAACAGCUUUGGGGGCGAGGGCGGUGGCGAGAAUGGGCCCCUUCAAGCGUCAAACAUCGCUGUCAUCGCUGGGGCCGCGGGAGGCUCCACCUUUCUACUCCUGGUCACCGCCGUGAUCUGCGUCGUGUGCUACCGACGGCGGCACGCCAAGCACUCGGACACCCACCACCCUCCGCUGUCGCUGUCCUCGCUCACCAGCCCCAAGCGGGGAGGCGGCGGGGGCAUCAGCAGCUCCAACAACAACGGCUCCGAGCCCAGCGACAUCAUCAUCCCCCUGCGGACGUCGGACUCUGCCUACUGCCCACACUACGAGAAGGUGAGCGGGGACUACGGACACCCCGUCUACAUCGUCCAGGAGAUGCCGCCUCAGAGCCCGGCCAACAUCUACUAUAAAGUAUGAGACAGCCACUGCUCCGGCUGAUUGGACUCACCCACCUCCCUCCACUCAUUACCAACAAACCCCUUGCUCCAAAUGAACCCACAGCAAAGUUCGCCAUCUCAGCUUCGACCCUGAACCCCUCAAUACUGCCAGUAUUGUACCACGGACCCCAUUCACUGCCCCAAGAGCCCACACCCCUGGCCACAGUUGUGUUCCUCGCUGAAUAAACCACCCCUUCCCAUUCUCACACAACUUGGCCACACAGUGUGUGUCGAGGGCGAUGUCAUAAUCAUACAUAGCCCUUCUUAACAAGGCCCUCACCAAUGGGCAAGAGGCUCUAAGUGCCCCCUUCUCGUUAACUCGGAGCUAAGCGCCCCACCUUUUGAUGAAUAGAAGAGUUGUCCCCCCCCCCCCCCCCCGAAAUGCCAGUAUGUAUGUACCGCACACUCUUUUUCUAGGAGUAUGGACCCGGCGUUGGGACACGCGGUGUUUUAAAAAAAAAGAAAAAAGGAGAAGAACUUCUACGGCAAGCGUGAAAAAAAAUCAAAAAACACCCAUGAACCCAUUUAGCGCCCGGAGAAUUCUGACUCCCAGAGGCCAAACUUGCCUAUUCCACCAUCCUGCCCCUCGGAGCUCCAUCAGCCGACCAGAGACCGGCCCCUGCCACUAACUCAUCAAUAGGUUUCUAGUUUGUUAGUGUGUGUUACUCCUGAGUAAACAGGGGCCUCAGGACUCAACCAAUCAACAAGCCUGGGCAGCGGUCACAUGACCAGGCCCGGGCCUUAGCCUGAGGUGGUCUGACCAAUUGGUGACACUCAGAAUCUUGUAUAUUUUAAUAAUGUGUGUGUUUGUUUUGUUUGUUUGUGUGUCUGUGUGCGGCUGAGAGAGUGUGUGUAGGACUUGGAUAAUAAUUAUGGCGCCGUGCUCCACAUUAGAUGUGUGCGCAGGUGCCGUGCUUCAGUACAGCAGGUUGCAUACGCGCGUGUGUUUAGUUGGUGUGUGUGUGUGUGCGCGUGUGUGCGUGUGUGUAAGCUUUGUGUGCAAGUGACACUGUGCGUAUGUGUGUGUGUGUGUGCGUGCGUUCUUUAGACUUGUCUUAAAUACCAAAACACAAAAUAGUGAGCGAAUAUCAAAAAAGUGAGAUUUUUUAUCGCUAUCAACACUUAUAGAUUAUAUAUAUGAAUAUCCAGUAAAUAAUUUCUAGAUGUUUUCUUCAGUUUUCUAUUGUUUUAUUAUUUUUACCCACUCUGAUAAACUACACUUCUGUUGAUAGACAUUUUUAAUCUGCUGUUUUGUUUUUCACAACUUAGAACAACCUUGUUUCCUUUCUUCCCACCUCGGUUGCAUAUUAAUUUAAUCCCUUUUUCCAAAUUUCCUGGCGAACAGAGGUUGUUUCUCUCUUCCUCUCUUCCCCUGCUCAUUCACCACCCCGCCCUCCCUCCCCCUUUCCUCCCCCUCCCUCCCCCCUAGGGUCUCUGAACUCUGUGUAUAUUUUUAUAGCUCCUUGUACUAUGCUGUAGUUUUGAAGUUUAGACCUCGUUUGUGGAAGUGUUGAGGUAGAACCAUCUAUGAAAGUUUUUUUGUUUUCAAAUCCUUUUUUUUUUUUAUUCUGAAACACAGAAUUGAAAAGAAGUGAGGGGCACGGGGGAGGUAGCGAUAGGGGGGUGUGGGGGGGGGGGGGGAUGAAAUAAAAAAGAAGAAUAAAGGAAAAAGAACAGGGCAAGAGAGAGUGCUGUCUGGGGAGGACGAAGAAAGCAGCGUCUGAAUGCAGAACUUUAAAAAAAUAGAGGGGAAGGGAGGGAGACGAGGAGAGAAAAGACUGUGAAGGAAUCGCACACUGAAGACAACGAAGCAUAAGGGCGGAGAGCACGGGAGUGGCAGCGAGAGCGAGACAUGAAGGAUCCCAAGGAAGGAUUGAGAGAGACUCCUUUUCUUCAAAUGGAGGGGUCUAAGCGUCCUGAACCAAGGAGACGGAGGAGUUUUGGAGUUGAACUCUAACUACGGAAACGAGAGAUCCCAUCACAUACUCUCUCUCUCUCUCUCUCUCUCACACACACACACACACUCACACUCACUCAGUGUUGAGCUCGGGUCAAACUUUACGUUAACAAAGCAUUUGUGUUGAAAAAUGCAUCCCUGUAUGUCACAUACACACACAAGUAGCACACAGAGUACGCUGCUCAUUGCAAACACACUCAAGAGAAAAACCCCAGGCAAUCAGUAUUCUCUAUUUCUCUCUGUUUGACUCACACACACACACACACACACACAUCCGAACACAAAUUUCACACCUUUUAAUGACUGUCACAAAUGCAUACUGAUUGCUCUGAAUGGUACACAUUCUCCCUCUCUCACACACACACACACACACACACACACUCUUUCACCUUCACUUGGCGAAAAAAAAAAAAAAUGCUGAUUGCUUUCAUAUGACUCUGUAUUUCUGUGAUUAAGACUAACCCAAUGGACAUGGGAGGGAUGAAAGAAGGCUUGUGUUCUCUCCGCUCUUUUACACACACACACACUCACAUUUCAACACACCAGUGCCCAGCGCCUCAACCUCAGAGGGCAAUAACAGCGCUGUGUUCAGAGGUGCAAUAUCUUCUCAUGUGCAUACUAAUGAAGCUCUGUUUUGUGUUGCUCCAACAUGUUUAUGGCUUAUGUGUUAACUGGGUGGCAGUGGCGAGCUUAAGCUUGUGUUCUCUUCUUUUUGUUCCUUUUAGUUUUUUUCUCUUCUCUUAGACAAACACACACACACACAGACACAUACAUAAGGUUUAAAGUGUUGUAGCCAUGUUUUCUGUGUGAAGCCAGUGUUAAAUCUGGACCUUUCGACAUUUCUCAGCUGUGUUUUGUAUCAGUAGAACAUAUAAUGAGACAUAUUUCAUACUUAAGUGUCACAUUCGUCCAAAUUGACUUUGUUCAACACAUGAUGAUGAUGAUGAUGAUGAUGUUCAGAUAUGUUUUUGUACCAUGAAUACGUUCGGAUUGCAUUUGACUGUAUCAAUCAAUUUCAAAGGCGAAAUGAGAGAACACCUCGAGUUCUUUUUUUUUUGUUGUACAACUACCGACUCGUGUUGCUGUUUUAUUUCUGGUUUUGUUUAUGUAAACUGUUAAGUAUGUGUCUAUUUAAACAUGCUCAGAGAACCUAAAGUAAUCCACCAAGCCAAAAUGAAGUGUCUGUUACUCUCUCUUUUCAACGCCAUCCGCGACUCCUCGGAGCACUCCAAUCCAAAAUGACAGUAUUUUGCUCUUAAAUAUGGCUGCUCUACACACGGGGGAUAGAGCAAAACUUCUCUGACUUUGUGGGCGGCGGCUUGCGACGAAGACGCCACAGCCCUGUUUUCAGUCCAUUCCGCUCCCUCGCCCUCUCGGCAGAAGUGUCAAGUAUCUUUUGGACUUGGUUGUUUUUAUUGUUUGAUUUACAUGUCGAUGUUUUUUUUCAAAGUUGUGUCUGUGGUUCUCACUGUUUGUGUUUGACUGGUCGACUCAACAUGUUGGCUUUUCUUAAAACCAUGGACAUGGCCGCCGGACGUCGUGUUGAAAAGAGAAGAGAGUGCUGUUUCUAUGGAAAACAUGGGGGAGAGAGAGAGAGAGAGAGAGAGGGAGAGAGGGAAACAAAGCCGCUCCCAUCGAGCUCCCUCACCUCCACCGGUGUGUGUACAUGUGUGUGAAUGUGUCCAUGUGUGUUUCUUUGUGCCAAUAGCCAGCGAGCGGAGGCCAUAGAGCAAGGUGACUCUCAUAUGUGACGUGUUGAGACUUUGUAUUUGGGACAUCUCUAUGUGAGAAGGGUUAUUUUUUGUGUUCCUCUCCUCCUCUUCCUCUCUCUCUCUCCUCCUCAUCCCAUGUCCACUCAUCAUGACCACCCCAGAACACUCUCCCCUCCCGUUCCUCUGCCUCCCCAUUCUCUCUCUCUCCCCCCCCCCACCCCCCAUUCCCCUCUCACCUCCUCCCAAACACACCUCUAAAGAGAGGAAAAAAACUAGUACAUUCCUGGUUUGGAAAAAAAAAGGUUGAAUAAAAAACAAACAAAAAUGUUUAAGCACCA